AUGAGGUGGCACGCUCCUCAGAAGGCCAGAGGUUCCUACUCGUGCUCUUCUAACUCACGCAACAUGAUGACAAAGCAAGACCUAGAAGCCAUCGAGAACCAGAUAUCCACCAUCCAAGUCAGUUCCCAUGGAGAGACGGUCAACCCGGUACUUGCCCAUGGCGGGUUCAAAACCGUGGAGAAGGGCCGCAACUGGGGAUGGCUUCUGUCUGGAUUCAUCUCAUUAAACAUCCUUCUCCUUGGAAUCGCCAUAGUGAGCGGAAGCUUCUUCAACAAGAUCCAGAUCACUUCUUCUCAUCUCCUGAUUUUCCUCAUCUUGCUUGUCAUUCUCACCACCGUAUGGAUGGUUUACUACAAAAUCCAUACGUCGAGGGUGUACCGUGCAGUGCUCUACAAAGACAGUCACGCUGGACCAGUUUGGCUGAGAGGUGGACUGGUUCUGUUUGGCGUCUGCAGUGUAAUCAUGGAUAUUUUCAAGAUUAUUUAUUACGUGGGUCGUAUACACUGCGAGUUGCCUGUGAAAAUAGCCUUCCCUGUUGUGCAAGCUCUCUUUGUCAUUGUGCAGACAUACAUCCUCUGGGUUCAUGCAAAAGACUGUGUGCAGAUACAGCAAAUCGUCACACGUUGUGGUCUGAUGUUGACGUUGUCUACGAACCUCAUGGUGUGGAUGACGGCAGUGACAGAGGAGUCACUCCAUCAAACAGUGGCUCCAGCCGACCCUUCAUACAACAGUUCCUCAAACGGCCGCGCCGGAGAGAGCGACUGCAAGUGUAGCCAUAACAUGUGCGAUGCUUUUGAGAAAGCCUACUACUAUCUGUACCCCUUCAAUAUCGAGUACAGCCUCUUCGCAUCAGCCAUGGCCUACGUCAUGUGGAAAAAUAUCGGCCGCCAGAUGGAUGAACACCAUAGCCACAAUCUGCGCUUUAGCCUGUGGGACGUUCUGAUUGGUCCAGUCGCUGGCCUGAUCAUUCUGGUGGCAGGCCUGGCUACGUUUGUGGUGUACGAAGUGGACGUGGCCAAAGAGGACCCAAAAAAGAAGGAGGAAUCUCUGAUAAUACAUUACAUUAUGAACAUAGUCGCCAUCCUUCUGAUGUCCAUCACAACUUUGAUCGGUUGUGUAAUCUUCCGGAUGGAUAAGAGAGAGCAGGUGUCCGGGAAGAACCCUACCAGGAGUCUGGAUGUGGGACUGCUUGUGGGAUCAUCUCUGGGCCAGUUCCUCAUCUGUUACUUCACCAUAGUAGCUGUUCUGGCAUCAGGGGUCCAGGGGCACAUAAAUGGGCUCAACCUGGCCAAUUCUAUUCUGACUGUGAUCCAGCUGUGCCUACAGAACGCCUUCCUCAUCAAGGGCCUCCAUCGGGAGCCGUUCAAAGAGACUGAGACAUCCACCGUCUUCGCCAAUGUCAUGGCCGUACGAGAGAGAGACCCGGAAAGACGGAGCAGCUCUAUCGUUCCAGCUCACACGCUACCCAUCCCGUUGACGUUGCUCCAGGGUCGACUCUGCUGGAAGAGGAGGAUCCUUAAGGAGAUCUGUGGCUUCCUGUUAUUCUGCAAUGUCAUUCUUUGGAUUAUGCCUGCCUUUGGAGCCCGGCCUCAGUUUGACAACACCGUCGGAUCAGACAUUUAUGAAUUCGAAACGUGGGCAGCAAUUGUGAAUAUUGGAAUGCCAUUUGGGAUCUUCUACCGGAUGCACUCAGUGGCUAGUCUGUUUGAGGUGUGCCUCGCCUCAUAAAUCAGCUGACCACUCAGGAACUGUACAAGCUUAUGCACAUAUCUUUGUAAAAUAGAUAUAUUUUUUAUAUUAUAUUUUUG